AUGGAUUUACAGGUGGAAAAUGCGAUCGAGAUCGCAUGGAAUCCAGAUUCUAAUCCUGAGUUUAAAUCGCAAGCAUUCAAUUUUCUCAACCAAUUGAGAUCCAACGCGUCUGGUAGACAAGCAUGUAUAAAAUUAUUCACAAAAUCUCCAAAGUGCUCCGAUGUCGUGCGUUUAGUUUCUCUUGAUUUAAUCAACAAUUCACUUCAAAAUCAGCAGUUGGACUCCCAAAGUCUCGAUGAGAUAAAGACAACCAUACUCGAAUAUACGCAUUUAACGUAUGGCUCUGCCAACCAAGAAAAUAUUGAUCCGGCUCAUCUACAAAACAAAUUGACACAAACCUUGACGCUAUUAUUCGUCAUAACAUAUCAGCAUGGCUGGGAAGGUUUCGUGGACGAAAUUUCGCGCUUGACAAGCCUUCAAUGUGGCGGAUCAAGGGACAAUAUGAGUGGCACUGUACUUUACCUAAGAGUCCUUGGAUCUAUUCACGACGAGAUAGCUGAUGUUAUUAUCACUCGCUCCAACGAAGAUGCCAAACGCAACACUGAGCUAAAGAAUACUUUGCGUGUUCGCGACGUCCCAAAAAUCGUGGGGUCUUGGCAAGAAAUCCUUUCAUAUUGGCAAGACCGCAGUGAUGCUGUUGUUGAGAUAUGUCUGAAGGUUAUAGCGAAAUGGGUCAGCUGGGUUGACAUUUCAUUGAUUGUGAAUCAAAGUCUGUUGAACAUUCUCUUUCAGCUUGUUGGGCGAAACAACCUGCACAACAAGGAAGACAAAGUCCGCAACGCUGCGAUUGACACUCUUUCCGAGAUUGUGGCCAAAAAAGUGAAGCCCUCAGACAAAAUUGACAUAAUAAUCUUCCUGAAUCUGGGAGAGAUGAUUUCUCAGCUUAUAGCAAGCCCACCCCUAAAUGAACUACGAAUGACCUCAAGCUAUGAUACUGACUUAGCAGAAGCUGUUGCAAAGCUCAUCAACAAUGUGGUAGCUGAUAUUGUUAAGGUCCUAGAAGAUACUCAGGUACAGACUGAAGUUCGAGCACAGGCCGAGCAACUUGUACAAUCAUUUCUACCGUUGUUACUACGUUUCUUUUCUGAUGAAUAUGACGAGAUAUGCUCUACAGUCAUUCCCUCUCUCACUGAACUUAUCUCAUUCCUACGCAAAUCAAAGCCCCUCUCUUCCUCAUACUCUAGUAUGUUAACACCGAUUCUCAACUCAGUCAUCCAAAAAAUGAGAUACGAUGAAACGUGCUCAUGGGGAAACGAAGAUGAUCAAACGGAUGAGGCUGAAUUUCAAGAGCUUCGUAAGAGACUUAAGAUUUUACAAAAGGGUGUAGCGGCCGUAGACGAAUCUCUCUAUGUAGAGGUACUAAGUAACGUAGUAGGAAACACAUUUCAAAGGCUUGAUCAGGUGGAUAGCCUCAUAGACUGGCGAGACCUGGAUUUAGCACUGCAUGAAAUGUAUUUGUUCGGCGAACUUACUUUGAUUAACGGCAGUAUAUACUUUAAGAGUCAGCCAUCAGGGCCGGCUGCUGAACGCCUUAUUGCCAUGAUGACAAAGAUGGUUAACUCAGGGAUUACUUCUUUUAACCACCCUGCUAUACAACUUCAGUAUAUGGAGAUUUGUGUUAGAUAUUGCUCGUUCUUUGAAUACCACACUAUGUAUAUUCCUUACGUUCUUGAGCAUUUCGUUCGGUUUGUACACCACAAGCAUGUUAGGGUUCGCACUCGAUCAUGGUAUCUAUUUCAGCGUUUCGUAAAGCAUCUUCGAAUUCAUAUCGACAGAAUCGCUGAAACGGUGAUUGAAUCGGUGCGCAACCUUUUAACCAUUAGCGCUGAGAUAAAGAACGAGCACACUGAUGGGGAUGUUUCAUCGGAUGAGAACGACCAGAUAGAAGAUCCAACUUUCACUGCGCAGCUAUAUCUUUAUGAGGCUGUCGGAUGUAUUUCUUCUAUUCCAGCUAUUCCAAUUGAGAAGCAGGCCUUUUAUGUCCACACAAUUUUUGACCCUCUAUUCUCGGAAAUUGAAAAGAAUUUAGCACAGGCAAAAUCUGGUAAUUUACAAGCAGUACAGCAGAUUCAUCAUGUUAUUAUGGCCCUCGGGACCUUCUCUCAUGGGUUUUCAGAGUCUCUUCCGAAGAAUACAGUAAUCGCAAAUCAUGUUCCAGAUAGAAGUUUAUCGGAACAGUUUGGCCGGGCUGCCGAAGCAAUUUUAAUUGCUCUUGAAGCACUCAAGUCAUCAUUUGAGAUCCGAACAGCGGCUAGGGCCUCGCUUUCGAGACUUAUGGGGGUACUUGGAGCUGAUAUGCUACCAUUUCUGCCUAGAUGGAUCGAUGGCCUCUUAUAUGCGAGUUCUUCUAAAGAAGAGAUUGCCUUAUUCCUACGCUCACUAGAUCAAGUUAUAUUUGGAUUCAAGAAAAAGGUUUACGUUGUCCUUGACUCUUUACUAACUCCUCUCCUGCAUCAUGUCUUUGCCAGUCUUGCCGAACCAAUUACUGGGACUGAUGAUGAAAUCCAACUGACGGAGCUUCGACGGGAAUACCUCACGUUUAUCCAGAUAAUUCUGAAUAAUGAGCUGAGUAAUGUGCUCAUCAGCGAUCGAAAUCUGGCCUAUUUUGAGUCGCUGAUUCUAUCUGUCACUAGUCUUGCAGCGAUUGCCAGUUCUAACAGUGCAGGAAAUAUUGCUCCUAUUCGCAUGGCUUUUGUCAUUAUGACGCUGAUGACACAACUUUGGGGAGGUCUAGACCAAGGAAAUGCUAACGGUCAACCUGCUACAAAAUCGACCUUGCCACAGUUUGCCUUUCCAGGAUUUGAGAGAGUUUUAGUAGAAAGAUUCCAUCCUAUAUGCUGGGAUGUAAUGCGGAAUUCUACAUUUAAGCCUGAUACUGAUGCAAACUCGAAACAAAUACUUCAUGAAAUAGCCGGAUUAGAGAACGCCAUUUAUAAAAAAACGGGGCACCUAUUCCUUCAACAUCUUCAACAAGAAUUUUUUCCUUCUAUUGGCGUAGACGGCAGCGAGUUUAUUCAAGUCUUGUCAAAUGGCUCGGAUCGUAAGGAUCUUGUGAAGUUUCUACAAGGGUUCGUAAAGCAGUUACGAUGA